CCCAUAUUCCUCACCCAGGCGGCGGCGGCAGAGGCAGAGGCAGAGGUGGUUUGUGAUGUUUGGCUUCAAAAGAAACGCGGUAAUCGGACUUAACCUCUACUGUGGGGGGGCCGGUUUGGGGGCCGGCAGCGGCGGCAGCGCUACCCCUCCGGGAGGGCGGCUUUUCUCGCCCGGGAAGGAGACCUCCCGGCGAGAAGUAGGGGGAGGGGAAGCCGGCGGGGUGAUUGGCGGAAGCCCGAGCGCUAUCCCCCCGACAGUCCUCGCGCCCGACGCCCGGAGAGUUGCGCGGCCGGCGCCCAUUGGCGCGGAGGGCCCAGACGUCACCGAGACCCCCGCGAGGCCGACGUUCUUCGCGCCCACCCGCCGCACGUCGCCGCCUGAGGAGAUACAAGCCUUGGCCGCCGACGCCAUCAUGUCGCCCGAAGAGGAGCCGGACGGGUACGAACCGGAGCCGCUCGGGAAACGGCCAGCCGUCCUGCCUUUGCUGGAACUGGUCGGAGAGGCCACUAAUGUCCCCAGCACGGACGGGUCACUUCCCUCGACGCCGCCCCCAGCAGAGGAGGAAGAGGACGAGUUAUACCGGCAGUCACUGGAGAUUAUCUCUCGGUACCUUCGGGAGCAGGCAACCGGUGCCAAGGACGCAAAACCAUUGGGCGGGCCUGGGGCCGGUAGCAGAAAAGCUUUAGAGACCCUGCGGCGGGUCGGGGACGGUGUGCAGCGCAACCAUGAGACGCCUUUCCAAGGCAUGCUUCGGAAACUGGACAUUAAAAACGAGGAUGAUGUCCAAUCUUUGUCUCGAGUGAUGGUCCAUGUUUUCAGUGACGGAAUAACAAACUGGGGCAGGAUUGUGACUCUUAUUUCUUUUGGUGCCUUUGUGGCCAAGCACCUGAAGAGCAUAAACCAAGAAAGCUGCAUCGAACCGUUAGCAGAAAGUAUCACAGAUAUUAUUGUAAGAACGAAACGAGACUGGCUAGUCAAACAAAGAGGCUGGGAUGGGUUUGUGGAGUUCUUCCAUGUAGAUGACCUAGAAGUUGGCAUCAGAAAUGUGCUGCUGGCUUUUGCAGGUGUUGCUGGAGUAGGAGCUGGUUUGGCAUAUCUAAUAAGAUAGCCUUGUAAGUGCAAUAAUUGACUCUUAAUCAACUCCAGGCACCAAAACCACACACUCCUGCCAUGAAAUUGAAGUUGGACAUCAAACUGCCCAGGCUGUAACCUCUCCUCUAAGAGUUGUAUUCUAGCAUCCUAGCCAGAAAUACAAGUGGCAAGAGGAUUAUGGCUUAACAGGAAUAAACAUGGGAAAAGUAGUUCAUA